GCUGACGUCACGUCCGUGUCAUGGCGCCCCGGCGUCCCGCCGAGCUGUACCGGGCGCCGUUCCCGCUCUACACCGUCCGCCUGCACCCGCGGCGGCCGCUCGCCAUCACCGCCGGCGGCGGAGGCGCCGCCAAGACCGGCAUCCGCAAUGGCGUGCACUUCCUGCAGCUGGAGCAGAUCGGCGGGCAGCUCAGCGCCUCGCUGCUGCACUGCCACGACACCGAGACCCGCGCCACCAUGACCAUGGCGCUGGCCGGGGACGUCAUUGCCGCCGGGCAGGACAACAGCUGCCACAUCCUGCGCUUCAGCCUGCAGGAGCCCGAGGCUCCGGGCACCGCCGGGAAGGACGGUGAGACACCGCUUCAGCAGCACUUGCCCCCGGGCUGUGCUGUGCUUUGGGGAUGGCCCUCCACACCUGCCUGGGACCAUGGCAGGGCCUGGCCCUGCCCAGUGCCCACACCAGCUCUGCCCCUGCAGUUCCCCAGCAUGAAGAAGACGUUGGAGUUCAGAGCCCAUGACGGGGAAAUUGAGGACAUCGCACUGGGCCCUGACAACAAGGUGGUGACGGCGGGGAGGGACUUCCAGUGCUGCGUGUGGCAGCAGGACCAGCUGGUGACAGGGCUGCGCUGGCACGAGAACCUGCCUGGCAUCCCUGACAAGGCCUAUCGCUACCAGGCCUGCCGGUUCGGGGCCGUGGAGGGCAGCGCCGGGGCUCUGCGGCUCUACACCGUGCAGGUGCCCCACAAGCGCGAGCGCCGCCCCCCGCCCUGCUACCUGACCAAGUGGGAUGGGAAGAGCUUCCUGCCUCUGCUGACACGGCCCUGUGGCUCCGAGGUGGUCUCCUGCCUCUCCAUCAGUGAUUCGGGCACCUUCCUGGGGCUGGGCACAGUGACAGGCUCCGUGGCCAUCCACAUUGCCUUCUCACUGCAGAGGCUGUACUACGUGAAGGAGGCCCAUGGCAUCGUGGUGACAGACGUGGCCUUCGUCCCCGAGAGCCGGCCCGGGCGGGAGCUGCUGGGGGGCCACGAGGCUGCCCUGCUCAGCGUGGCCGUGGACAGCCGCUGCAAGCUGCACCUGCUGCCCACCCGCCGCUCCCUCCCUGUCUGGCUGCUGCUGCUGCUCUGUGCCGGGCUCAUCGUGGCCACCAUCUUGCUGCUGCAGCUCGCCUUCCCAGGCUUCCUGUAGCCCCCUGGCCCCCGGAGGGUCCCCCUGGCACCAGGAGCGACCCCCCAACCUCCUCCUACCCCACACAGACUGUGAAGGACACGAGGGACCAGCCCUGGCCCCGCUGUCCCCGCUGGCGCUCGGGGAGCAGGCGCGGGUCCAGGGAGCCCGCAGGGCCCGUCCCUGUGGGACUGUGCUGGCAGCAGUGCAGGGCUGGCCCGGGACAGGGCCGUCUCCUGCCCCAGGAGAAGGGGGUCCUGCUGGCCCCUGCCCUGCUGCUGCCAUUAAACUGGAGCAUGAAGGCA